UUCCCCCCCUCGGCAGCCCGCGCUGCCGCCGCUCUCCCCCGCUCCCCUCCCCCAAGGCCUGACAUGCCGGGUAUGAUGGAGAAGGGAGCGGAGCUCCUGGGGGGCAAGAGCCGGGCAGCCCCCAACGGCACCAAGAGCAGCAGCCCCUCCAACGGGCACUACUCGGAGCCGGAGAGCGGCGGCGGCGACAGUGGCGACGAGCACGAUGUAGGAAUGAGGGUCGGAGCGGAAUACCAGGCGCGCAUUCCUGACUUCGAGCCCGGUGCCACAAAAUACACUGAUAAAGAUAAUGGAGGGAUGCUUGUAUGGUCUCCAUAUCAUAAUAUUCCAGAUGCCAAGUUGGAUGAAUAUAUAGCAAUAGCAAAGGAAAAACAUGGAUACAAUGUGGAACAGGCUCUCGGCAUGUUAUUCUGGCAUAAGCACAAUAUUGAGAAGUCUCUUGCGGAUCUCCCUAACUUCACUCCUUUCCCUGAUGAAUGGACAGUUGAAGAUAAAGUCCUAUUUGAACAAGCAUUUAGCUUCCAUGGAAAGAGCUUUCACAGGAUCCAGCAAAUGCUUCCAGACAAGACUAUUGCAAGCCUUGUAAAAUAUUACUAUUCUUGGAAAAAAACUCGCUCUAGGACAAGUUUGAUGGAUCGGCAGGCUCGAAAACUAGCUAAUAGAAAUAAUCAAGGUGACAGUGAUGAUGACGUAGAAGAAGCUCAUCCAAUGGAUGGAAAUGAUAGUGAUUAUGAUCCCAAAAAAGAAGCCAAAAAGGAGGGCAAUAAUGAGCAGCCUGUUCAGACCAGCAAAAUAGGUCUGGGUAGAAGAGAGUAUCAGAGCUUGCAGCAUCGCCACCAUUCUCAGCGUUCCAAAUGCCGUCCACCAAAAGGCAUGUACCUGACCCAGGAAGAUGUGAUAGCUGUUUCCUGUAGUCCCAAUGCAGCCAACACAAUUCUUAGACAGCUGGAUAUGGAACUAAUCUCAUUAAAGCGACAGGUUCAAAAUGCUAAGCAAGUAAACAGUGCACUUAAACAGAAAAUGGAAGGCGGGAUUGAAGAAUUCAAACCUCCUGAGUCUAAUCAGAAAAUCAAUGCCCGUUGGACCACAGAAGAGCAGCUUCUUGCAGUUCAAGGUGUCCGAAAAUACGGUAAAGAUUUUCAAGCUAUUGCAGAUGUAAUUGGCAACAAGACUGUUGGCCAAGUGAAGAACUUCUUUGUAAACUACAGGCGUCGGUUUAACUUAGAGGAGGUAUUGCAGGAAUGGGAAGCGGAACAAGGAACCCUGGCUUCUAAUGGUGAUGCUUCUGCUUUAGGGGAGGACACAAAAAAUACUUCUAAUGUGCCAUCAGGAAAGAGCACUGAUGAAGAAGAUGAGGCACAAAGCACUCCGGCCACUCAGUGUUUAGGCCCUUCACCUCCAGCACAGGCAUCUGCUCCAGCACCUACUGCUCCCAUGGCAACUUUAAAUCAGCCGCCCCCGUUACUUCGUCCAGCGCUUCCUGCUGCUCCUGCUCUCCAUCGUCAGCCUCCACCACUUCAACAGCAGGCACGAUUUAUUCAGCCAAGGCCGACUCUAAAUCAGCCUCCCCCACCGCUCAUCCGCCCAGCUAAUUCCAUGCCUCCUCGUCUAAACCCAAGGCCAGUGUUAACCACGGUUAGCGGCCAGCAGCCACCCUCGCUUAUUGGAAUUCAGACAGAAUCUCAGUCCACUCUGCACUGAAGUAAUAAAGCAGAAUUAUGCUAACUCCUACAUUUGAAAAAUUGUAUUCAUGUACUUUUUUUUUUCCAAAUAAUGAAGGGGAGAAAAGAGCAAGCCUUCACAGGUAUCAGACCAGUUUUACAGAGGAGCAAGCUAAUAACUAGAAACAGAACCACGUGAAUGACCACCUGUAUAAAAAUAUUUUUAUGUCGAAGACUUGUACAGCAGAACAAUGCCUACAACACAGCCCUCCUCUAUACGAAUAACUGUUGAAGGACGCUAACUUCUUAAAUGAAUAAAUGUUCAACACACCAAGAUUUUGUUUAACUGAUUUUUACUCUAUUUAUUUUAUUACAGUUCUUUGUAGUCAAGCAUCUAACUACAGGAAAGUAGUCUGGCAAAUCUAGGAAUAGAUAAUAUUGUAGGAGACUUUAAAUGUAGCGUUGGGGGGAUUUUGUGUGUGUGUGAAUUUUUUUUUUUUUUACUUUUAGUGCAAAAAAAAAAAAAUGGCCUUAGGUUCAGAAUUUUUGGCCCUUUUAAA